AUGCUAAAUUCUCUUUUCAUCAAUCACCAAGACCAAAAGGAAGCUUUGGCCAUCGAGCGUAGACGACGGUUUGAGGAAUCACGAAAACAACGUAUCUUCAAUGCUAGACGUCGGCUUAUUGGGGUGGACACUGAUACACUCGGAUAUCAGAUCCAAGAAAAACAUGAAACAGAACAGGCACAAGCGGAACAGCAGCGCAAAUUUGCCGAAGAAAUGCGCCGCCAGGAACAGGUGCUGCUGUUGAAACAACGCGAACAGCGCCAGGAACGUAUUCGGGAAGAGAACGAACUUAACCGAUUCCGGGCUUCCCACCAAAACCCGGAACAAUCGCGUGACUUUGAUCUGUUUGACCCGGACGGGUUGAAGAAAUCGCUUCCGGCCCGGCUUGGUGAUGACGAUCCACGGUUAAGCGUUUCCGGUGCACAAAUAUUUGACGGUGAAGAUCUGGAAGAACGGCACCGCAGGAAGGUACAGGUCGAACAGCAGCGUUCCUGGCUGGAGCAACAAAUCCGCGAAAAGCGGCAGGCCGAAAUCGAUCGCCGCGCGGCAGAAAAGUUUCUGGAAGAUUCGCUAAUGUCGCGUGAAAACCGGCUGCAUCAGCUUGCCACCCAGGAACGGUACGCGCGGGGCAAAAUCCACGAAGCAGUGAAUGAGUUUAAUCGGCGGCUUAUGAACGAACAGGAGCAGCAACGAAUGCGCCGCGAGCGGGAAGAGCAGGAAGACAAUUUGGCCGAAAUUUACAAUAAUCUUACGAGCGACAUCUUAACGGAGAAUCCCGACGUGGCGAAGAGUAGCUUCGGACCAAACCGUGUCAUUACCGCCCAGUACAAAGGAAUGUCGCCGGAGGAGAUUGAACAGAUACGUCGUACGCAGGAGUUGCAACUAGAGCAGCUUAAACGGAAGCGUGAGAAUGAGGAUAACACGCGCAAAGCGUGGGACCAGCUGGCAAAUGAUUUUGAUCGUACCGUCACUAUGAAGGAACGUGAGCUGAACCGUAGACGGCAUGCGCUGGCCGAACAAAUCAGGCAGGAAAAUCAUCUACGUUCGUUAGAACAACAGCGCAAACUGCAGCAUCUCGACAAAGUGGUGUACCAGAAUCGUCCUACCCAGGCAUAUUUCGAUCAAUUUAAUACCUGCUCACGGUAA